CCCCAAUUAACUAUAAAUAACUCCCAGCAUGGGUCGACAACAGCAGUUAGCUUUGUGAUCUGCAUUUGAAUAGGAGGCAGCGUCGUUAAGCUAAUACGUAAACACUCCUUAUCACAACAACCAUUAUGCGUGGCUUGGUCAAAUCUUUAUCUCUGCUGCUGACAGCCUCUUGUGUUAAAGUCUUCCAGAUAGGUCGAGGUAACUGUUGAGUUAAGAGGACUUUACAGGCUUUGCCAACUGUGUGUAUGCUCUCUGGUGCGUGCCCGAGGAGAGGCUUUUACUGGAGGUUUCUGUGGGGAGAAAGGAGGGAGCCAGUCAGUCAGACAGGCGACAGUCAGCGCUGUCUUGGCCUCCGGGCAGAGGCAGAGAGCGAGCCGGCCCGAGCCAAUGAGAAGAAGACAUCCCCACUCCCCUUCUGCCCUGCCCUGCCCGGCUUGGCUCAGCUCGGCGCGCCCUGUAAUUAGGAGCUCUAGCUAGUUGGGUUGGGCGCCGCCACCGUGGACAGCCCGGCUGCUGCGUCAAGGGAGUUUGGGAACGCCAGCUCCAGACUUCGAGUCUGUCUCUAUCUGAACACUCCUGGUUUAGAGUUUAGAGCGAACAUUUUUUUUUUGUAAUAUGAACGGGCAGUCCUCACCUGUCUUCGAGGAGAAGAAACCAACCCUCCCCAUGGCCGGGAGCUCCAUCUCGGCGACCAAAGAUUCCCCGACCCUGCCGGAGUCCUCAUCCACAGACAUGGGCUUCUACAGCGGCCAGAGUGUGCUCCACGGAUCGCAGGAUUUCUACCCGGCGCAGCAGUCGUACUCAGCUCAACACAUGAACCCGUACGCGUACCACCACUAUACUAACUUACACGGGAUGGGUUCUGGCGGCGCCUACCCUGUUGGCAAGGCAGAAUACCCUCCUUACCCGCAUUCAGCGUACAGAGAGCACGGUGCAUUCGGCCGGGAGGUCCACUCAACGCUGCAGAACGGUGUGAAAGAGGAACCAGACUUGGAGGUUCGGAUGGUCAACGGGAAGCCCAAGAAGGUGCGCAAGCCCCGGACCAUCUACUCCAGCUACCAGCUGGCAGUCCUGCAGAGGAGAUUCCAGUCGGCACAGUACCUGGCCCUGCCAGAGCGGGCUGAGCUGGCUGCACAGCUGGGCCUCACACAGACACAGGUCAAAAUCUGGUUCCAGAACCGCCGCUCCAAGUUUAAGAAGCUCUACAAGAGCGGAGAGUUUCCACUCGGGGAUAUUCCUCUUGAACACAGUCCUGACGCGAGCGAUUCCAUGGCCUGCAACUCUCCCCCAUCCCCAGCUGUGUGGGACAGCAACAGCAACAGCAACAGCAACAACAGCAACAGCAACAACAGCAAAAACAGCAACAGCAACAACGGCGGCAAUAACCGCAACAACACAAGCAGCGACGGCAGCUUCAAGAGCAGCGCAAUGAUGGAUCCUACCAGCAGAGGGCAGGCUCCUUAUCAGCCUCCCGUUGACUCCUCGCCCGCCUGCAUGGGCGAGUACACACACCAGAACUGGUACCAGCAGCAGGGUGCACAUUUAGGUCUGCCCCAGUCGGGCCCGACGCAUCACGCGCCACCGACAGCACCGUCAGCCACGCCGAGUCUGGGAGCCGUCUACUGACGCUGAAACGCCGAUUUUUUUUUUUUUUUGGUGUGUGUGGAUGAUAUGGAGCGCUGCUGUGACAGUGACCAUCAGAAGACGAGUCACGACUGUAAAACCGGACACAGAUGUUGUGGAACAGGCUUUUCUGCAGUACUUGUGGAUUGAAACAAGUGCUGGCCUCAGUUACCCUGCUCCCCUCAGUUACCCUGCUCCCCUCAGUUACCCUGCUCCCCUCAGUUACCCUGCUCCCCUCAGUUACCCUGCUCCCUCAGUUACCCUGCUCCCCUCAGUUACCCUGCUCCCCUCAGUUACCCUGCUCCCCUCAGUUACCCUGCUCCCCUCAGUUACCCUGCUCCCCUCAGUUACCCUGCUCCCCUCAGUUACCCUGCUCCCCUCAGUUACCCUGCUCCCUCAGCUCUGAGCUUUAUGAACUCAUAACAAAGAAAGGGAGAUCAGGGUGUUUGCUGUGGCUUCCGAUUUUUUUUAUUUGAAAUCACUGAUAACCGAUGACAAAUGGCCGUGUUUAUGCGUAUAAUAAGUCCCUUAUUUUCAUCACGUGAAAAGGGCCUCUGACACAAGCAUUUUUUAUUAUUUUUUUUAAGAUAAUUUUUUGGGGCUUUUCCGCCUUUUAAUGGACAGGACAGCUAGACGAGAA